AUGCACCGUCUGACCCGUAUCGCCCGCGCCGUGACGGCUGCGCCUGCCUUCCGCCCCGCGUCCAGCCUUGCAUUGCGAUCUUCGUCGGCCCCGGCCGCGCGCCUCCUGCCGCUGGCCGCCUUGGCGUUUGUCGCGACCGCGGCGUCGACAGCCAUGAGCGCGCCGAUUGUCGAGUCGACGCGGGCCAAGCGCGCGGAAGAGCUGUACAACACGCCGACGCACGACCGCCGUGAACUGCUCACGCAUCUCCAAGCGCAAGCCCACGAGGAUCCGCGGGACGCGGGUAUCCUUUGGCGGCUCGCGCGGGCGGCGUAUGACGUGGCGGGCCUUGCGUCGACGGCCGCGGCCGAGAAGAAGGAGCUCACGUACUUUGCGCAUGAGACGAUUCAGAAGGCGCUGGCGUUGGCCGAUGACAACUUUGCCGUGCAGAAAUGGUGUCGCUGA